AUGAUAAGCGGAAAUUUUUAUGCUAGUAAGUAUGACAAGCAAUAUUCACCGUCUAUUUUGUUCUAUUCUGCUAUUGAAUUUACUUUAUCAAAUAUGCUACGUACCUCUUUCUCUACGAAUGACGAACGAGUGUCAUUCAUUUCAUAGUGCCUAUGUAAUUAACCAACACAACGAUAAAGGUUGCUCUGUGUGUAUCUUUCGUCGUAUGGUAACUCAACACUGAGCAAAUUCUGUCUUAUUCACAGCUCUAAUGUUGAUCAAAUAUUGAUGGGAUACGUGAUUAAGUUAUGCAGAAAUUCGAGAUUUCGUACGAUGUCAACUUAUUCUUCAAGGUUAUAAUAGGGAGUGUAACAAAGAUAAUGAGACUAAUCAUAUUUUGGUGAUUUUCUCAGUAAACUUUCGCUGUAGAAAUAUAUAUGUAUAUGCUCAAAAGAUUUCCCAUUGAAUUUUCUUCAAAAUCAUAUCCGAAUGUGUCCCCUAAAGUCCUACCCAAGCAAGCAAGAACUGAUUUUAACGUGUUAAAAAGUGAGGCAUUACCGUCUUUAGAUUCACUUUCAUCACAAAAAACGAUUUUUUGAAAAUUUAAAAAUCGUAAAUUACAGCGCGUGAAAACGCAUUUUAUAUCAAUUUUUGUCUCACUGAGUAGUGCGAAAAAAUGAGUAAGUAAUACUGCCAUUCAUUUACAUCUGAACCUUUCUAACGCAAAACAACUAUGCUAUUGGCAUUAUUACUUGGAACUUAGCUAUUACGAAGAAACUUACGGGUUAUUUUGUAUUUUCAAACAAGUGCCAUCUUUCAGCUAUGUCCAAACAAUUCUCAUUUUAAUCCUCUCCCCUCCCCCCCCCCGC